AUGACAGCAUUCUUGGCGAGGUCGGAACGCCCGAGCGGCGGCCGUAUCCGGACGAAGCAGUCAAAGCCCACCACCUGCAAAUUCUCGUGCACACACUGCGAGGCGACAUUCAAGCGCGUCGCCCAUCUGAGGCGUCAUGAUAAAACCCGUACCUUUCUCUUUUCCUAUCGAUUCACUGGGGUCUCGACACUGACUGUUGCAUCCGCCUCCCUAGAUCAGAAUGAGAAACCUUACAGAUGCGAGCUGUGUCCAGUCUCGUCAUCGCGCAAGGACGUAAUCCUCCGUCAUACGCGGAAUUUCCACCCGGAAAUCGCUUCUGCGAACGCUGAAGACGAUCUUGGACCAAUAAGUGAUGCCGAACAUGUUGCACCGUCUGUCAAUGCCUCAACGCCUCCAUCGGCCUCCCCAAGAAUGGCCUCGGCGGACCCAACUCUGUGGGCACUCUCGUCUCCUGGCGAUCCUGAACAAAGCGGUGACGGUCCCAAGACGCCGGCAUCGCAGGCUUUGCUUACCGAAGGCGUCAAAAAUCUGGAAAAUGGCCCCCCGGUGCCAGCUGCAACACAACUUUUAGAACUAGAACUCUGCUCUAACGAGGAUACUGGAUCAUCCGGCAUGACCCUCCCGGAUCACGAAAUUCUCGACUUCCUCGCAGCUUCGGAUCUCGCCAUGCCAAAUACCUGGGGUAUUUUUGCCAGCGGAGCCACCCCUUUCCUUAAUCCGGCAGAGUUCUUGCCUAACUGGGAACGAGAUGCUCCUGUGACAGCUCUCGUGGAGCAUCCACCUCCCGUUUUGCCUAUAUCAUAUUCCCAUGAUUCACCAAGUCGGAGCUGCUUUACCUUGACGAAUGAUGAGUACAAGAAGGUAGUCGCUAAUUUCGUAGAGUCUGACCCAAGUGGAGCACUUCUGCAAUUUCAAUAUCCUUCCAAGCAUGCUGUCAUUCGAUUCGUAAGGGCAUUUUUCAAGCACAUGGCUCCUCAAUUCCCUGUCUUACACCCUCCCACGUUCGAUGUCACCUUGGUGCCCACGCCUUUGCUCAUCGAAAUCAUGGCGUGUGGCGCCAUGUAUUCCCGUGAACGACGGACGGCAGAGAAGUUACAUAGAGUUGGCCUUCAACUUUCUUCCGAGCACUGGAAGAGAGGUAGCGAGACACAACUGUGGUUGCUACAGGCCAACCUUUUAAUGACAUUUUUCGAAGCAUACAACGCCGACUGGAAGGUUCCCCAAAGAGCCAUCAGCAUGCUGUCCGAGACUGCCAAGCUCGCCCAUGAAGCUUACAGUGCCAUAAAAGGUCUAUCGAAAUCGAAUUACAAGAACUGGGUGCGUCUGGAGAACCACAGAUGCAUAGCAGGCAUGAUUAUCAUUGGGGCAACACUAAAUUCCACCAUGAAGGAAGAAUACUGCAAAAUGCUGGGUAUGGACUUCGAUUUCACACUGCCUGCCAUGACUAGCGUAUGGAUGAAGAACGAGGGCGACUGGGAACAGCCCGUUGACGCACCCGAUAUUUCCGAGACUAUGAGGCUCAUCCACACUGGGAAAAGAUACGACUUGAGCCUGAGUGACCUUGGACUUCUAACCAUCGUGUCGACUUUUCUUGCGCAUGUUUCCUCUUUUGAGCUACUCACUGGCUCUCGACAUCCGCUUCUAUGGACAGCCUUUGUUAGCGAAAUGAGUGGGCCAGUCCAAGUUCUGGAUGAGCUGUGCAAGCGUCCAUCUGCAUGCAUGAGCGAGGACGGCAUCACUCGCUCACCGCUUCUCAAAACAGCGAGAGCUUUGCUUGACUCCAUUUACUACCAUCUGUACGGGUCAAGCCAGUUGUCCAUUAUGAAAGAACUUUUGGGUUGUCCAGACAUCCUGGUGGACUCGGAAAGCUUCAACCAGCUCCUACGAGCAUUAUCAACAAACAAUUUUGACAAGGCCCUCAAACGAGCGGCAGAAGUCUUCCUGGAAGAGACACGUCAGGGGCUACAAUAUCUGGGGAGCCUCGAUGCUUCUCAUUUCGGACCCGUGUCGACCACGGCGGUCUUUGAAAGAGGUCUCAUUCUGUGCUGCUAUCUCCAAACGAGACCCUCACAUAGCCCAAUGACGAGUUCACAGUCGCCGCUAGACGCCCUCAUCAGCGAAGGAAUUACAGAAGUUGAGUCCCAACAGGUUUCGGACUACAAGCAGACAACUUCCGCUAUACCGCUACUGGCUAGCUCAAUGAUUCUACGGGACACCUCAGUCUGGAAAUGGCCACCAGUAGUUUCGUCCAAAUUAGAAGCUUUGGUGGAGAAAUUAAAUCUCGUAUCUUGA